AUGGCCUGUAAUUUUCUUCCAUCACCAAAGGACCACUCAGAUGAAGAAGACUACAGAGACAUUGAACCUCUUCCCCCUCAAAACAGAGAGUUUGAGUUUCAAAUGGCCUCAAUUACCAAUGACAAGAAAACCACAACUUCCCAUGCUGAUGAACUCUUCUACAGAGGCAAACUCCUUCCUCUUCACCAAAAACUACUUCAAGCAGAGCUCAAAUUUCAAGAAGAUUUAGAAGAAGAAGAAGAGAGCUUUUGCAUAAACUUCUUGAUCACCCCAAUUGGUUCUUGCAACAUUUCCCCAUCACAAUCUUGUAGGGAGAGUUUUGAACUUAAUUCAAAUGAACACUUGUUUGAGUGGUCCAGUACUGAACUCACCACUAGUAGUUCCAUAGCUAAUAGUCCUAAGAAAGUUUGGUCUAACAAGCUCAAUCUCAUUAAAGAUUCUUUAAUCUGCCAAAAGUUCAAAGCUUCGAGGGCAUUUCUCAAAUCUUUGUUUAGCAAAUCUUCUUGUUCAAACGGUAACAGUUGUUCAACAGCAGAAAUCAAAUGGCGUUCUCCAACAAAAUGUUUGUUUUUCUCAUCAUCUAAUUGUUCCUUCAACUCGUCAAAUAAUAGCUUUUAUGAGUUGAAUUUCCUCAAGAGAAGCAACAGUUUCACUUCAGAUAUUGAGGCUGCUGUUGCUCAUUGUAAAAAGUCCCAAGAGCUUACCAUUCCAAGUUCCAACUAA